GAUGGAGCAUCAAAUAUGACAGGUUUUCGCUCAGGAUUAGCAACACUUCUUCGAAAUGACUGUGAGGAUUUUGUGAAUAUUCAUUGCCUCUGCCAUCGGCUUGAACUUGCUUUUCGAGAUGUAGUGAAGAAGGUGAAGGUGUAUGACAAGCUUAUGACAUUGCUUAUAGGACUUCACUAUUUCUAUAAAAAGUCUCACAAAAAUAAAACUGGUCUAUUAAAUGCAUUCAAAGCUCUUGCCAUCAAAGGAAUCCUGCCUCCCAAAGUAACUGGCACAAGGUGGUUACCACAUCUUAACAAUGGCCUUGAAUGCUUGGAGAGGUCAUAUGCUGGAUUUGAUGCGCACCUAGCAACAGCUAGCCACACAAAUGCCAAGGCAGAGGGAUUGCUAAGAAUACUCAGAGACAUAAAUGUAGUAACAUAUGCUCUAUUUCUAAAGGAAGUGAUAGCUCCAUUGAUGCAAUUGUCCAAGAAACUCCAGAGGAAGGACAUUACUCUAGCUGACAGCAUGGUGUGGAUUCAAACAACAGCUGAGAUGGUAGAUGAUUUGAAAGCUAGGAAACUACCAAAGGUUGAUGAAGUCUUGGAAACUAAGGCCUUCUCUGGGGUUGAAUUCCGAGGAAAAAUACCCAUAAUGGCCUACAAGGAUACCGAUAUCGAUAAUAUAGUGGAAGCCAUGCAGACCAGGUUCCAAUUGGAUGACAUAACCUCACCUAUAGUGCAGGCAACAAAAGUCCUAAACUUGAGUAAAUGGCCCAUGAUUAGUAAUGAGAAGGAGAAGCUUGCAGAUUAUGGAAAUGAAGAGAUUCAGUUUCUGGCUGGUAAAUACAACAAGAGACUGUUGGUAGUAGAUCCUACCUUCAAUGAGCAUGAUGUUUUGUCACAGUGGCAGAGGGUCAAAUUGUUAGCAAAAAGACUGUUUACAGACAACCAGAGGACCCAACCACUGACUUGGGAAGAUGUAUAUGAUGAGGAAUGCAAGAAUGUUUUCCUCAUCAUAGACAUCUUAUUAAGCCUCCCACGUACAAGUGUUUCAUGUGAGACGUCCUUUUCUCAAAUGAAGCUUGUAAAGACAAGUAGAAGAGUAAAGCUGGGUCAAGGGACACUGGACAAUUUGCUGCAAAUCAAGCUUGUAACACCGACCAUAAGUAGCUAUGACCCAGAGGAGUCAAUUGAUCAGUGGCUGACUGCCUCUAUCAAACCUCGUGGAGGGAGAAGAAUGAACUAUUGUAGGUCCAAAAAUGUCAGCAUGAUAAGUGAUGAAACAGUGGAACAUGUUGAGGAUGAGGAAACAAGUACAGCACAUACCACCACUAACGAGCCAGAGCCUGGGUUGAUGAUAGAUGAGGAUGAUGAAGAUGAAGCUGAGGACGAUGACAUACACCUUUUAAAUAAAUAUGACACUGACAGUGAUUAUUGCAGCGACUUUCAGGCUGAGGAAUUUAACAUUGAAAGAAUAAUGUGCUUCUCCAAACAAUAUGAUUUAGAUUAACAUGAUAACAUGAUAAUAAAAACACUGUGUCUGUA